UAUAUUUUCAAAGCAAGUGAUGAUUUAUCACAGGGUUUGUUAUACAGUUUCACUGUGCCAAUAAUUGGUUUUCGCUACUUCAUUUUCAAAGUGAUCUCAAUGCUUUGCAGUGAUUGAAGGAGGAAGGAUCCUAUAACAUUUUUCCUUUUCACUGCUUUCGUUAAAGAUUUCUUCAGAGCUUCUGGUUGCUUUUCUUGCCUUCAUCGUGGUGAUCAGGUGUAAAAUGUAUAUUUGAUGUCGUCUCAGUGAUGAACAAACCGGUCCCUGCCCCGGUGGCCCGUCUUAUGUUGUAAAUUUAUCUAAAGAUCUAGUCGUACUUAGUAAAAGAUAAUCAAGCACAAAGUAUGAAUUAUUUGAACAAAGUAGGGGAAAAAGCAUUUGGUUGCGUGUUGGACCUGGGUAUUCGGCAUGUGGCUUACAUCUUCAGUUACGGGAAGAAAGUUGAUGAACUAAACAAUAGUAUUAAGGAUCUUGGGCAUGCAAAAGAGAGGGUAGAUCAUCUACGUGAUGAAGCUAAGAAGAAUCUACACAACAUUGAAGGUCAGGUUACAGAAUGGUUUCGGAAAGUAGAAGAAUGUAAGACUGAAGUGGAGGAGUUUGGGAACGAUGAAGGCCACAGAAAGACACGGUUGCUCCAUGAUUUAUUUCCUUACUUGUGGAAUAGAUACAGGCUAGGCAAACAAGCAGUGGAGAUGACAGAGGAUGUCAAGAACUUAAUAGAUGAGUGCUCCAAGUUUAAAGAAGUUGCCUACAGGGAGAACAUAACAUCUAAUGAUGUCACUUUGUCUAAUGCUGGCUAUGUAGAAUUUGGUUCUAGAAAAUCUAUAUUGGAAGGCGUAAUGGCGCAACUUGAAGAUUCCACUGUCAGAAUGAUUGGACUGCAUGGGCCUGGUGGUGUGGGUAAGAGCACUUUAAUCAAAGACAUUGCGAAGAAAUCUCUAGACAAGAAGCUGUUUGAUGUGGUAGUUAAACUAGAAAUAACAGCCAAUCCCAAUCUACAAAAAAUCCAGGAAGAAAUUGCUUACGUGUUAGGAUUGAGAUUGGAAGGGGAAGGUGAGAAUGUGAGAGCUGAUUGUCUACGAAGGAGGUUAAAGCAAGAGAAGGAGAGCAUCCUUGUAAUCUUGGAUGACCUUUGGGACAGAUUAGACUUGAAUAAGUUGGGGGUUCCACUUGAUGGUGAUGUUGAUCAUAAUGAUUUAAGCAAGAAGACACUUGAUGGUGAUGUUGAUCAUAAUGAUUUAAGCAAGAAGACAAGCAAGGCUAAAAUGGGUCCCAAAGAGGCGAAUAAAGAAAAAUCUCUUGGUGAUUGUAAGGGCUGCAAAAUUUUGCUAACUUCAAGGGAUAAAAACGUAUUAACCGAUAAAAUGGAAGUUAAGUCAACUUUCUGUGUAGAGGAAUUAGAUGACGAUGAUGCUCUGAGAUUGUUUCAGAAGGAGGCUAGAAUACAGGGUGAAAUGUCCAAGUGGAAACAAGAAAUUGUUAAGAAGUACUGUGCAGGGUUACCUAUGGCAAUAGUUACAGUUGGAAGGGCAUUAAGAGACAAGAGCGACUCAGAGUGGGAAAAACUUAAAAAUCAAGACCUGGUGGGAGUUCAGAAUUCUAUGGAGAUUUCUGUAAAAAUGAGUUAUGACCGUCUAGAAAAUGAGGAGCUCAAGUCCAUUUUCUUUCUUUGUGCUCAAAUGGGUCAUCAACCCCUAAUUAUGGACUUGGUGAAGUAUUGCUUUGGUUUGGGAAUACUUGAGGGGGUCUACUCACUUGGGGAAGCUCGGAGCAGAAUAUCUACAUUAAUCCAAAAGCUGAAAAACUCAGGUUUGGUGUUGGAUGGAAGUUCUAGUAUUCAUUUCAAUAUGCAUGAUCUGGUUCGAGAUGCUGCUUUAUCUAUAGCACAGAAGGAGCAAAAUGUAUUUACUUUGAGAAAUGCCAAACUUGAUGAUUGGCCUGAACUCGAGAGGUGCACUUCUAUUUCUAUAUGCAACAGUGAUAUCAUUGAUGAGCUUCCAGAAGAAAUAAAUUGUCCUCAACUUAAAUUUUUCCAAAUUGACAGCGAUGAUCCAUCCUUAAAAAUACCUGACAGUUUUUUUAAAGGAAUGAAAAAGCUCAAAGUAUUAAUGUUGACUGGUAUUCAACUAUCAAGAUUACCAUCUUCAAUUGAAAGCCUAUCAGACCUCAGAUUGCUUUGUUUGGAGCGAUGCACUUUAGAUCACAACUUAUCCAUCAUAGGGAAGCUGAAAAAAUUAAGAAUUCUCAGUUUUUCUGGAUCUCGAAUUGAAAAUUUGCCAGCUAAGUUAAAGGACUUGGAUAAACUACAAUUACUAGACAUCAGCAAUUGUUCAAUGGUCAAGAUGAUUCCGCCUAAUCUUAUAUCAAAAUUGACUUUGUUGGAAGAGCUGUAUGUUAGAAAGAGCUUCAUCGAAGUGUUGGAGGAAGGAGAAAGAAACCAUAGUCAAAUUUCAUUUCUUUCUGAACUAAAGCAUUUGCAUCAAUUGCAAGUGGUGGAUUUAAGCAUUCCAUGUGCUGAAGCUUUUCCCGAUGAAUUGUUCUUUGACAACUUAACUGAUUACAAGAUUGAGAUUGGGAACUUCAAAACACUUUCAGUUGGAGAUUUCAGGAUGCCUAAUAAGUAUGAAAAGUUCAAAUCUUUGGCAUUGAAGCUGAAGGAUGACACUGACAAUAUUCACUCUCAGAAAGGAAUAAAGUUGUUGUUUAAAAGAGUUGAAAAUUUGUUGUUGGGAGAGCUGAAUGGUGUUCAAGAUGUUAUUAAUGAGUUGAAUUUGGAUGGAUUUCCAUAUCUGAAACACUUAUCCAUCGUAAACAACCCUAGCAUCAAAUGUAUCAUCAACUCAAAGGAUUUGUUUUAUCCCCAGGAUGUUUUUCCCAAGUUGGAAUCUCUAUGCCUCCACAAACUAAGAAAGAUAGAGAUGAUAUACUUUAGUUCAGGUACAAAGAUGAUAUUUACAGAUUGCUCAUUCACCAACUUGAAAACCAUCAAGGUCGAGAUGUGUGACCAAUUGAAGAAUCUUUUCUCCUCUUGCAUGGUUAAAUUGCUUGUGAGUCUUGAAACAAUUGGUGUUUCCCAUUGUUUUUCUUUAGAAGAGAUGGUUAAAAUACCUGACAAUUCUGAUAAGAUUGAGUUUCUUAAGUUGAAGUCUUUGUCACUUCAAUCAUUAUCAUCAUUCACUAGUUUUUAUACCACAGUAGAGGGGUCUUCCACAAACAGGAAUCACAUACAAAUUACUGUUAUAGAGACGGAGCAUAGUGAGAUGGCUCCUCCUCUUUUUGGUGAACUGGUUGAAAUACCAAACUUAGAGAACUUGAAUUUAAUCUCAAUGAACAAGAUCCAGAAGAUAUGGAGUGACCAGCCCCCGUCAAAUUUCUGCUUUCAAGACUUAAUAAAAUUAGUUGUGAAAGAUUGUCAUAAUUUGAGAUAUUUGUGUUCAUUGUCCGUUGCUAGCAGUUUGAGGAAACUGAAAGGCCUCUUUGUAAGCAACUGUAAAAUGAUGGAAAAGAUUUUUAGCACAGAAGGAAAUAGUGCAGACAAGGUUUGCAUCUUUCCUAAGUUGGAGGAAAUCCACCUCGACCAAAUGAUUGAGUUAACAGACAUAUGGCAAGCUGAAGUGAGUGUUGAUUCCUUUUCUAGUCUCACUUCUGUGUACAUUUUUCGUUGCGAUAAACUAAACAAAAUUUUUCCAAGUCACAUGGAAGGAUGGUUUGCGAGUUUGAACAGCUUGAAGGUUCAUUAUUGUGAGUCAGUGGAAGUGAUUUUUGAAAUCAAAGAUUCUCUGCAAGUAGAUGCAUCUGGUGGGAUAGACACAAAUUUGCAGGUUGUUGAUGUAUGCAAUCUCCCAAAGUUGGAGCAUGUGUGGAGCAGGGAUCCAGGAGGAAUUCUUAACUUCAAAAAUCUGCAUAGUAUAGAAGUGUCUGGUUGUAAUAGACUGAGGAAUGUAUUUCUAGCUUCUGUGGCCAAAGAUGUUCCAAAGCUUGAAUACAUGUCGGUACAAAGUUAUGGAAUUGUGGAAAUUGUUGCCUGUGAAGAUGGAUCCGAAAAAAACACUGAACAAUUAGUGUUUCCUGAACUAACCUACAUGACCUUAUAUAACCUAUCAAGCAUCCAACAUUUCUACAGGGGGAGACAUCCUAUAGAGUGUCCAAAAUUGAAGAAGUUGGAAGUAAACAAAUGCAACAAGGAGCUAAAAACAUUCCAAACAAGAGAAUGCAGCAAUGAAGAAGAUGAAGUAGUUUUGUCAGCUGAAAAUAUAUUCCCCAACUUGGAGUAUUUGGAUAUUGACUUUGACGAAGCACAGGAGUGGUUAUUGAGCAACACUGUGAAGCAUCGAAUGCACAAUUUAAAAGAGCUUAGGUUGUGCUAUGUUAAUGAUGGUGAACGUCUCUGUCAGAUUCUGGACAGAAUGCCAAAUCUAGAAAAGUUAUAUUUGUUUAACUCUGAACAUUUGCUUAAAGAGUCAUCGGAGUCACGUUUGGGAACCGUAAUACAGCUGAAAGAAUUGGUUUUGUGGUCUUCGAAGAUAAAGGAUAUAGGAUUUGAACGAGAACCAGUUCUACAGAGACUAGAGCUUUUGAGCUUACAUUGGUGCCACAAAUUGAGGAAUUUGGCUCCUCCCUCGGUAUCAUUGGCUUACUUGACAAAUUUGGAAGUAAGGAAUUGUGGUAGAUUAAGGAAUUUAAUGGCAUCCUCAACGGCAAAAAGCUUGGUUCAACUUAAGUCCAUGAAGAUAAGCGAAUGCGAUGAAUUAGAGGAAAUAGUAAGCAAUGAGGGAAAUGAAGAAGAAGAGCAAAUAGUGUUUGGCAAAUUGAUUACUAUAGAACUUGAGUACCUAAUGAAUCUGAAAAGUUUUUGCAGUUACAAUAACUGUGAAUUCAAAUUCCCGUCAUUGGAAAUAUUGAUUGUGAGAGAAUGCCGAAUGAUGCAAACAUUCACGGAGGGUGGUGCAAGAGCACCAAAGUUACAAAAUAUAGGUGGUGGUGUUGAAAAAGGUAAAGAGGAAGCCAUGUGGCAGUGGGAAGGAGACUUGAAUGCCACCAUACAAAAAGGUUUCUACCAGGAGCUUUUGGACUCUACACGUGCUUCUAAAAGUCUCAGAGUCAGCCCACGACUACAAGAGAUAUGGCUUGACUCACGGCGGAUCCCAAAGUCGUGCUUCAGUAAGUUGAAGUCUUUGACUGUGGACGGAUGCCAACUUUUAACAGAUGUUGUCAUACCCUUCUCUUUACUUCCUUUCUUAACUAAUUUGGAACAAUUACAUGUCCGAAAGUGUGGUUCUGUGAAAAGCAUAUUUGACGUGAAAACAGCUAUGGGAUUGGGAGCAGCAGCCUUCCCUAGACCUCUCCCUUUUUCCCUCAAGAAAUUGACUUUAGAGAGGCUGCCAAAACUGGAGAAUAUCUGGAAUGAAGAUCCUCAUGGAAUUCUAAGCGUGCAACAUCUACAACUUGUUAUUGUUGAGAAAUGUAAAUGCCUUACAAGUGUGUUUCCGGCAUCAGUAGCCAAAGAUCUUGAAAAACUAGUUGUCAAAGACUGUGAGGGAUUGAUGGAAAUUGUUGCAGAGGAUAAUGCAGAUCCAAGAGGAGCAAAUCUAGACCUUAUGUUCCCGUGUCCCUGUGUGAGGUCAUUGAAACUACAAGGUUUGCCCAAGUUCAAGUAUUUUUACUACUGCUCACUGCAGUGUGACAUGUUCCAGACACCUACCGAGGAUGGAAAGCUUACAUCCAACUUGCAAUGCCUGUCACUGGGUGAAAAAGGACUGGAGAUGAUCAAGCGUGGAGAAUUUCAGAGAAACUUCUUGCACAAGCUACAAGUUCUUACUGUGGGCUUUCAUAUAGGGUCCGAUGAAUUUCCAUAUGAAAUUCUACAACUGGCGCCCAAUAUAGAGAAGCUUGUGGUGUGUGAUGGUUCCUUCAAGGAGAUUUUCUGCUUUGAUAGUCUUAAUGUGGAUGAGGCUGGACUCCUAUUACAGCUCAAAGUCUUAUGCUUGGACUCCCUUCCAGAGCUUGUUUCCAUUGGGUUAGAGAACUCUUCGAUUCAGCCCUUACUGGGAAAUCUAGAAACCUUGGAAGUAAUAGGUUGUUCUAGUCUAAAAGACUUGGUACCAUCUACAGUGUCUUUCUCCAAUCUGACAUAUUUGCAAGUAGAAAGAUGCAACAACCUGCGUCAUUUGUUCGCAUCCUCAACAGCAAGAAGUUUGGGUCAACUCAAAAGAAUGGAGAUAAAAAGGUGUGAUUCAAUUGAAGAGAUAGUCUCUAAGGAGGGGGAUGAAUCACAUGAGAAUGAAAUAAUAUUUCCGCAACUCAAUUGUUUGAAACUUGAAGAAUUACGAAAGCUGAGAAGCUUCUAUAAAGGAAGUUUAUUAAGUUUCCCAUCAUUGGAGGAAUUGUCAGUAAUGGAGUGCGCGUGGAUGGAAACAUUAUGUCCUGGUACCCUAAAAGCAGACAAGUUGGUUCAACUUCAACUUGACAGGUACUUAUAUGAACGUGAGGAGUCAUCAGAUGCUAUCAAAUUGGAAAAUGACCUGAACUCUACCAUGCGGGAGGCAUUUAGGGAAAAGCUUUUGGAGUCUGCAAGUACUGAAUCAUCUCUUAGUCUCAGAGAUAGCCCACUACAAGUGAUAUGGCUUGACUCACGGCGGAUCCCAACGUCGUGCUUCAGUAACUUGAACUCUUUGACAGUGGACGGAUGCCAAUUUUUAACAGAUGUUGUCAUACCCUUCUAUUUACUUCCUUUCUUAACUAAUUUGGAAAAAUUACAAGUCCGAAACUGUGGUUCUGUGAAAAGCAUAUUUGACGUGAAAACAGCUAUGGGAUUGGGAGCAGCAGCCUUCCCUAGACCUCUCCCUUUUUCCCUCAAGAAAUUGACUUUAGAGAGGCUGCCAAAACUGGAGAAUGUCUGGAAUGAAGAUCCUCAUGGAAUUCUAACCAUGCAACUUCUACAACAUGUUAUUGUUGCAGAGGAUAAUGCAGAUCCAAGACAAGCAAAUCUGGAGCUUACGUUCCCGUGUCCCUGUGUGAGGUCAUUGAACCUGCAAGGUUUGCCCAAGUUCAAGUAUUUUUACUACUACUCACUGCAGUGUGACAUGUUCCAGACACCUACCGAGGAUGAAAUGCCUACAUCCAACUUACAGUGCCUGUCACUCGGUGAAAAAGGACUGGAGAUGAUCAAGCGUGGAGAAUUUCAGAGAAACUUCUUACACAAGUUACAAGUUCUUACUCUGUGCUUUCGUAAUGGGUCGAAUGUAUUUCCAUAUGAAAUUCUACAACUGGCGCCCAAUAUAGAGAAGCUUGUGGUGUGUGAUGGUUCCUUCAAGGAGAUUUUCUGCUUUGAUAGUCUUAAUGUGGAUGAGGCUGGACUCCUAUUACAGCUCAAAGUCUUAUGCUUGGACUCCCUUCCAGAGCUUGUUUCCAUUGGGUUAGAGAACUCUUGGAUUCAGCCCUCACUGGGAAAUCUAGAAACCUUGGAAGUAAUAGGUUGUUCUAGUUUAAAAGACUUGUUCACAUCCUCAACAGCAAGAAGUUUGACUCGACUCAAAAGAAUGGAGAUAAAAUGGUGUGGUUCAAUUGAAGAGGUAGUCUCUAAGGAGGGGAAUGAAUCACAUGAGAAUGAAAUAAUAUUUCCGCAGCUCAAUUGUUUGAAACUUGAAGGGUUAGAAAAGCUGAGAAGCUUCUAUAAAGGAAGUUUAUUAAGUUUCCCAUCAUUGGAGGAAUUGUCAGUAAUCCGUUGCGAGUGGAUGGAAACAUUAUGUCCAGGUACCCUAAAAGCAGACAAGUUGGUUCAAGUUCAACUUGAGAAGAGUUAUUCUUGGAGGCACUCAGAUCCUAUCAAAUUGGAAAAUGACCUGAACUCUACCAUGCGGGAGGCAUUUAGGGAAAAGCUUUUGGAGUCUGCAAGUACUGAAUCAUCUCUUAGUCUCAGAGAUAGCCCACUACAAGUGAUAUGGCUUGACUCACGGCGGAUCCCAAAGUCGUGCUUCAGUAACUUGAACUCUUUGACUGUGGACGGAUGCCAAUUUUUAACAGAUGUUGUCAUACCCUUCUAUUUACUUCCUUUCUUAACUAAUUUGGAAAAAUUAAAAGUCCGAAACUGUGGUUCUGUGAAAAGCAUAUUUGAUAUAACACAAGAAAGAGAAAUGACAACUAUGGGAUUGGGAGCAGCAGCCUUCCCUAGACCUCUCCCUUUUUCCCUCAAGAAAUUGACUUUAGAGAGGCUGCCAAAACUGGAGAAUGUCUGGAAUGAAGAUCCUCAUGGAAUUCUAACCAUGCAACUUCUACAACAUGUUAUUGUUGCAGAGGAUAAUGCAGAUCCAAGAGAAGCAAAUCUGGAGCUUACGUUCCCUUGUCCCUGUGUGAGGUCAUUGAAACUACAAGGUUUGCCCAAGUUCAAGUAUUUUUACUACUGCUCACUGCAGUGUGACAUGUUCCAGACACCUACCAAGGAUGAAAUGCCUACAUCCAACUUACAGUGCCUGUCACUCGGUGAAAAAGGACUGGAGAUGAUCAAGCGUGGAGAAUUUCAGAGAAACUUCUUACACAAGUUACAAGUUCUUACUCUGUGCUUUCAUAUUGGGUCGAAUGUAUUUCCAUAUGAAAUUCUACAACUGGCGCCCAAUAUAGAGAAGCUUGUGGUGUGUGAUGGUUCCUUCAAGGAGAUUUUCUGCUUUGAUAGUCUUAAUGUGGAUGAGGCUGGACUCCUAUUACAGCUCAAAGUCUUAUGCUUGGACUUCCUUCCAGAGCUUGUUUCCAUUGGGUUAGAGAACUCUUGGAUUCAGCCCUUACUGGGAAAUCUAGAAACCUUGGAAGUAAUAGGUUGUUCUAGUUUAAAAGACUUGUUCACAUCCUCAACAGCAAGAAGUUUCGGUCAACUCAAAAGAUUGGAGAUAAAAAGGUGUGAUUCAAUUGAAGAGAUAGUCUUUAAGGAUGGGGGUGAACCACAUGAGAAUGAAAUAAUAUUUCCGCAGCUCAAUUGUUUGAAACUUGAAAGAUUACGAAAGCUGAGAAGGUUCUACAGAGGAAGUUUAUUAAGUUUCCCAUCAUUGGAGGAAUUGUCAGUAAUCUAUUGCGAGUGGAUGGAAACAUUAUGUCCAGGUACCCUAAAAGCAGACAAGUUGGUUCAACUUCAACUCAAGAGUUAUUCUUGGAGUCACUCAGAUGCUAUCAAAUUGGAAAAUGACCUGAACUCUACCAUGCGGGAGGCAUUUUGGGAAAAGUUAUGGGACUCUGCACGUAUUAACCUCAAAGAUAGCCCAGUACAAGAGAUAUGGCUUAGGCUUCACUCACUGCAUAUCCCCCCACACUUCCGCUUCAAGUACUUAGACACCUUGAUUGUGGACGGCUGCCAUUUUUUAUCAGAUGCGGUCUUACCCUUCUCUUUACUUCCUUUAUUACCUAAAUUGAAAACAUUGCAAGUUCGAAACUGUGAUUCUGUGAAAAUCAUAUUUGAUGUGACAACUAUGGGACCACUCCCUUUUGCCCUCAAGAGUUUGAUUUUAGAGCGGCUUCCAAAUCUGGAGAAUGUUUGGAAUUCAUAUCCAAAAGAAACAAAUGUUGAGCUUACGCUCCCCGAAGUGAAGUCAUUGGCACUGUGUGAUCUGCCAAAGUUAAAGUAUGACAUGUUGAAGCCAUUUACACAUCUAGAACCACAUCCUCUAAAUCAACUCUGUAUUCAAAAGCUUACACCCAACAUAGAGCACCUGACACUCGGUGAACAUGAACUCAACAUGAUUUUGAGUGGAGAAUUCCAGGGAAACCACUUAAACGAGUUAAAAGUUCUUGCUCUGUCUAUUGAAUUCGACGCAUUUCUACAACGGGUGCCCAAUAUAGAGAAGCUUGAGGUGUGUUAUGGUUCCUUCAAAGAGAUUUUCUGCUUUGAUAGUCAUAAUGUGGAUGAGGAUGGAUUGGUUUCACAGCUGAAAGUGAUAUGCUCGGACUCCCUUCCAGAGCUUGUUUCCAUUGGGUCAGAGAACUCUGGGAUUGUGCCCUUUCUCAGAAAUCUAGAAACAUUGCAAGUAAUCAGCUGUUUGAGUUCAAUAAAUCUGGUACCAUGCACAGUGUCUUUCUCCAAUCUGACAUAUUUGAAAGUAACUGGUUGCAAGAGUCUGCUAUAUUUGUUCACAUCCUCAACAGCAAGAAGUUUGGGUAAACUCAAAACAAUGGAGAUAGGUUGGUGUGAUUCAAUUGAAGAGAUAGUGUCUUCAACAGAGGAAGGGGAUGAAUCAGAUGAGAAUGAGAUAAUAUUUCAGCAGCUCAAUUGUUUGAAACUUGAAGGAUUAAGAAAGCUGAGAAGGUUCUACAAAGGGAGUUUAAGUUUCCCGUCCUUGGAGGAAUUCACAGUAUUCUUUUGCGAGAGGAUGGAAAGUUUGUGUGCAGGUACAGUCAAAACAGACAAGCUGUUAGAAGUGAGAUUCGAAUUUUUACAAGUGAAAUUCGAAGGAUAUGUGUUAGGAGGUGUUAUCCCAUUGGAAACUGAUCUGAACUCUGCCAUGCAAAACCGAUAGGCAUUUCUGGCAAGGGCAAUCACUCCAAUAUUGCAGUUAGAGGAGAUUGAUUCACCAACAAAAAAUGGUUAGAGGAGAUGAACAAAUUAAGUGGCCCGGUGCCUACCCAAAAAAAAAAAAGUGGCCCAGUUUUAUUAUUUUUGUUUGUGUGUGAAUAAAAAAUGAAUUCUGUGUGUGGUCUACCCAGUUAGUGGUAAAAUACAUUGUUCUAUUCUAUUUAUUAUGUAAUGUGUGUCAUUAUAAGUCUUAAACGACCCUGGAGAAUAAAAAUGAGGUGAUAACUUGUUAGUUUGUAAUACUAAAACUUAACUGUAUUGUUUUACGACAAAAUAAAAUAAAAAUGUGUCGUAAAUUAUGCA